UAUUUGACAUCACUAUAUAAUGGGUUUUUUCUUGAAAUAAUCACCAUUGUUUUGCCAAUUGUUCUUUUAUCUAAAAAGAUGGAGCACAUGGGAUAUACUAGAACAUAGUAAUAGGCUUGGCGACCAAAUCGUCUAUUGUCGGCUUGUUUUCAUCUUGUAUAUUAGUUAAAACUAGAUGGACAGUAAGUCUGAAUUACAUAAAAAAAAUUCAUCGUGUACAAACCAGAUGUAGCAAGCACUAACACAAUCACCUGAGUAUAUUUAUAUUUGAUUAGCAUUCAUUUAUAUAGUUUUUUAAGCUAAUAGAUUGAUGGUCUGGCUGUAAUCUCAUUGGGGUUGUUUCUUAUAACCAUUGGGUACUGCAUGUUUACAAAACCAUUUUUAUCCCAUAUGCAAUAGUUCUGAUUGCAAGAAGAAAACAAAUAAGCAGAACAUGAAUAAUAUAUAUAAUUUUGGCAUGAUUAGUGUUGGGUAAUUAGAAUGUUAUGCUCCUUGUCUGCUAAAUUCUAUGCUCCCCUUGGAAAAUAAUUUUACCUGAUCCUUUUGUUUUUUUAUACGCACAGGAACAUGGAUUUUCAUCGCGUCCAAAUGGAACACAUAUAUCAUAAUUGCUGGAUUAUUCAAGCUAGGGUCAUGUGGAAGGCUCACGUAAAAGAGAAUGGCAUGGGAAACUUGUACCUUCAGUGCAUACUACUCGAUCGGCAUGGAUCAAAGAUGGAAGCGAUUGCAUUCAACAGCCAGGCAAUCCGUUUCAACAGCGUGCUAGAAACCGGUAGGACCAAUGAUUUCAAUCGCGUCGGGUUCAACCCCACAGAAAUGCCAGAUGGACAUUUCUGGUACCUAGCCAUGGACUUUGUCACCACACUAAGUUCUACGACCGAGGUUACGAUGUCGGCGCAGCAGAUAACGUCGACAAUUUGCCCACCGUGCUUCCCACAGUUUGGAGAAAUCUUUGAGCUAUGGGACAAAACCAUCACAGAUGUGGUUGCUAUCCUUGCCUAUGUUGGUCAGAUAGAAUUUAAGUGGGAUUCAAUAUAUAGGCGCCGCGUCCCUUCCCUCGAGAUUGGACUCAUGAACUUUCAACAGCAGAUAAUUUUCUUACGUGUACGUGAAGAGCACGUUGGGCCUCACUUCUGGCAUUUGCAAUACACUGACAAUCUGUUCGAGAAGUUUGCUGUAACUUACAUACAGGUAAAUCAGAGGCAGCGUUGCUUGCAAACUAUGAGGGAGAGCACAUUCUUCUUCUCUUCCAAUAUUAUUGAUGAUCAUCAUUAUCUACAAGAUAUCCAUGAAGCCAGCCUGAUGACACUUGAUGAAACACAUGCGUACGUCAAUCGUGUUAUUCAAGGUAGGAACAAUGGACGUCAGAAGUAUCACAGCUGAAAUUAGAGCAUCCUUGAGGGUUUUGAACGAAUGACUAUACUGAUGCAUAUUCAAAUGUCGCAAAUAAAUGGCUUGUACAGUUUUGUUAUGGAUCGAAUUGAGAAUUAUCAUUUUGGCAUUA